GCAAGUUAAGGGUUUUUACAAUUUACUAAUUUUGCUAUAUUGCUAUACAAAUAUUUUCUACUGUAUUUAUUUUUCACUUGAGUUUGUGUAUUAUUAUGAAAGUUAACAGUAAUUAUGUAAUCUAUUUUUCUGCACUUCUGCUACUGAAUCUUUAGCUGCUGUCCUUUUCUCCUUACACAACCUCCCUUACAACUUGGUAAAAGGAUACAUCUGCUACUGCUGAUUGUGCAGUGUGUGUGUGUGUGUGUGUGUGUGUGUGUGUGUGUGUGUGUGUGUGUGUGUGUGUGUGUGUGUGGCUAUAUUUACAUAAUACAUAAUUCACAGUCAAUUAUUUCCUCACUUUUAUUUUUUGCUCACAAUUAUUUCCUCACUUUUUUCUCCAUGUUCUGCUUUUCUAAGUUUCGAAUGCUCUCACACACUUGCUGAAAAAAAGUUACAAAAGUAAAUGUGUAGGCAGAAUUACAGAGUUUUAAUGUAAAAGAAAAAUAAUAAAUUGAUAGAAUGGUCAAAAACAUUUAUAUAAUAAGCAACAUGUUAAUUGUAAUUAUUUUCAUUUCACAUUCAUUUGUAUGUAAUUAAAAAAAACAACAGAGAAGAAUUAAAGAAGAAUACAGAAUAAAAUAUACAGUAUGUUUCCUGUGAAAAAAAAAUUGAAACAAUAUACUUUGUCAUUAUUGGCAUAAUAUAUACAUAAAAUAAUAACUACUGUGUUGUUAAUUUAUUUGAAAAAAAAAACAACAGAAAUAUACUGUAACAAAAUAGUGAUUUUGAAAUUGUGGUGCUGUAAAAGGGUAAAGUGGUAGCUCAGUGGUUAAGGUGUUGGCUUAGAGCUCGAAGGGUUGAGAGUUUGAAUGAUGUCUUGAUGUUUUGAAGGAAGUUUGCCCAACCACUAGAAAGAAAUAAUAUUUACUAUUCAUGCCCAAAAGGAAAAAUCUCAGAAUAAUGUGUGUAAAAUCCAACAAAUUUCCAGAAGCUCACAUCAAUGUAUGUAUGACGGGUCUGAGUGAACGCUGGCGCGUCUUGGCUGCCGCUGCUCUCCCCGAUAACAAUAAUUAAGCAUCAUAUACACUACAUAGACUACAAUGAGGAUCUAUUGCUUAUGGCUUGUACUUGCCUGGACUGUACUGCAUCUUGUACAGUCCGCAGUACUGUUUCAAUACUCUGCUGCUGAACUUUUGAGUUUCCGUCCGUGUUUAUAUGACUCAAUACCUCCUGUACUGCUUGCUCAUCCGGACAUCUUAUAUCUGCCUAGGCGGAAAUAUAUUCAUCGUGGCUCUCGGCGGAACUUCUGGUUUAAUAAAUCAAGUGAUAUAAAGUCAUUAUGGUCAGCUGUUCGACGCCCACCAAGGAACGCCGGUCGCCGCGCCGGUCAGCGUGUGCUGGCGAACCUGGCUAACUCGGCUAACUCGGCUACCAGACCAAGCAACAACAGCGCUGUCAGUUUCGGUCUUCUUAACAUCCGCUCUCUUACGAGUAAAGGGCAUCUUGUGCAGGAUCUUCUUGCAAAUCGCAAGAUUGAUUUUCUCUGUUUGACCGAAACAUGGCAGCAACAAAAUGACUUUAUUGCACUCAACGACGCCAUUCCGCCAGGGUUUGUUUACAUCUCUCAACCACGGGAUUCUGGUCGAGGAGGAGGUCUGGCGAUAAUCUACCGUGAGAAGUGGAGACUGAGGACGCUCCUGUUACAGUAUGCUGCUGUUCGAUUCAUGCUCUGUGUGGACCGUAAGAUUGUGAACGACGACAUCACUACUUUCAUCACUGCUGUUUGCCUAAUGUUUGGCAGUUACUACUGUUUCAACAUUCACUACCCUACUGAUCUGGCAUCUGUGCUUGACUUCCUGAAAAGGGCACAAAAGUUGUGGAAAAACAAAAAGCGACUCCAAGCGAACCCAAGAGUCUUCACCCUAAUCUCUGACCUUUCUGAUCAUGAGUGGCGAGAGACUUUGCAAAGGUGGCCUGCAAAUGGUUUCCAAGUUUAAACUUUAUAAACAUCGAAAUGUUGAAUUAAGUGAAGUCACUUUUAUUGUCAUAUCACCACAGCACAUGUACCUUGGUGAGUUAAAUUCUUUUGCAGAAACAAUUAUACAGAUAAUGACUUGACAGGUGAAAAUUGCAAUUUGCUCAUACAUAGUCAGUACACACUAUAGUCAGUGUACUAUUGGGCAUACUUAAAGUGGCACUACACAUUAUAUGCAAUAUGUACUUAUAUGUGUGUGUGUGUUUGUGUGUGUGUGUGUGUGUGUGUGUGUGUGUGUGUGUGUGUGUGUGUGUGUGUGUGUGUGUGUGUGUAAACAUAUUAUAUAUAAAAUAUUAUAAGGUGCAACAGAUGUUAAUGACUUGAGUUGUGGGGAAGUCGUGGCCUAAUGGUUAGAGAGUCUGACUCCUAACCCUAAGGUUGUGGGUUCUCGGGCUGCCACGGCUGAGGUGACUUUGAGCAAGGCACUGAACUCCCAACUGCUCCCCGGGUGCCGCAGCAUAAAUGGCUGCCACUACUCCGGAUGUGUGUUCACGGUGUGUGUGUGUUCGCUGCUGUGUGUGCUCUUUGGAUCGGUUAAACUCAGAGAACGAAUUCUGAGUAUGUGUCACAAUACUCAGCUGUAAUUCACUUCACUUUCACUUGUAACCACAUGUAUACUGGUAACAAUAUACUAUACUCUGUAAGCACUUGUACCUUCAAAUAUUUAUCUGAACCUUUACCUACUGUAUCUUCCGAUGCUCAGAUUAAAGUGGCAGUUUAGAACAGAAAAAUACAUUAAUGUUGUUUUAAAUGCCUGCCAGUCUUUGUUAAAAAAUACAUAGGACCACACUGAUGUCCUAGUCUAUUAAUAGAUUUUGAUGGGUUUUGAUGAUUUGAUGUAGGUUUGUGUUCAUCAAUAAGAAUGAAAGUACUCUUAAUAGUUUUUAAAGGUAAAAUCUGAAUGUUUAGAAAUGUAACUUCUAUCUCUUCUAGCUCCCAGCUAGUGUGAUUAAAUGAUGCUUUGAAUUCACUGGUUAUUUAUAAUAAAAAAUAGUAUAACAGCAUUUACAUAUUUAAUAAUUUUUCUUAGUUUAAAUAGUUUCCUGCCUGCUUUGUGAAAUAAUUAUAGGUUUUAACAGUAAUUAUUACAAAAUAAACCUUUAAAUUAAACAGUUUUGAGCUGUAAAAAAGAUGGUUAUGAACCGUAAUUAUUACAAUGUAAACACUGUAAUUUGACAGAUAUAAACUUUUUUAACAACAUAAAUAUUGAUUAGACAGCUAUAAACCGUAAAAAAAAAAAUACAGUAAUGGGUGCAAUCCCAUACACACAAUAACGUUCCUACUGUAUUUUUGACAGUAAAGUUCUGACUACUGUACAGCUGCUGUUUUUUUUUACCGUAAAAUAUGCGGUUUAUUGUUUACAGAGUCUGUUAAUCAAAACAAAAGAACAAAAAAAAAAUAGACGUUAUUUUAAAAGU